AUGAGGUCAAGAUUUCAUCAGUUGAAGAAAGUGAAAAUCCGCCAAACAUGGAACAAAAUCAAUUUAUACAAUCUCUCAAGAUAUAAGCCAAGGCCGGAAGGUGUUACAUUCUUUCAACAAAAAUGGAAAGCAAAGUCGAUAAGUCGAGCAUACCACGGAGAACAGAUUCGAGAGGGGCAAUGGUCGAGAAUGUUCAGGCCGAGAGCAAAAGCUGUUAUCCCUAUGGAUCAUAGAUAUUUAGCUGAACAUGAUGGUUCAGAGUUGGCUGCUGGACGAGGAUCCGGGGUGGAACAGCUGAACAGUUCUUCUCGUCCACAGUUCAACAAGAAUCAAAUACCUUAUAUGUCCAUGGUUUACGCACCUAUCGAAAGACGAUUGGAUACAGCUAUAUUCAGAGCGCUAUUCGCAAGCAGUACAAGACAAGCCAGGCAAUUCGUCGUUCACGGAAAGGUUAAGGUCAAUGGAAAGAAGAUGCCAUACCCAGGAUAUCUUUUAAAUCCAGGAGAUAUGUUUCAAGUGGAUGUUGAGAGAGUUCUCUUCGCAACCGGCGCCCCGAAAACCGCAGACCAAAUCAAAAGUGGUCGAGGACUCAGAAGAUCUCUUCGCGCAAUGAAUGAUCAAAAGGCAAAAAAUGCUGCCGCCAAAAGAGAAAAAGAUGCAGCUGCAAAGGCCGCGACCGAAGGUGGUGAAGUCGCAACUCCCACAGAAACUCCUGAAACCAAGGAAAAAGAGCAAAAGGAAAACCUUCGCAUGGAAUUCCGUACCCUUCAAGAACACGCCGAUGUUCUUCUAACCGAUAGCAAAAAUGCCCCAUCCGGUAAACGCAAGAUCGCCCUCCGCAAACUCAAGCGCGAAAUUCGAGCCAUUCUCUCACAACUAAACCGCAAAUCCGUUGCAGACUUAACCUCCAUGCUCAACUCCUACACCACUAAACUCGCCAAAUCCGAAGAUUUGGAAACAAUUGCUUCGGAAGCCCCCGCAGUAAUCAACGCAGAAGACGCACCUGAUUACCAAGAAAAAUUAAAAUUGGCGAUCCAACGUGCGAGGGAAAAUCCAAUUGAUGAAUCGAAACCAUACAUGACUCCUUGGCAACCAAGACCUUACAUGAGUGCUUUUGCAUUUAUUCCUAGAUAUCUAGAGGUCAACCAGAAGAUUUGCAGUGCGGUUUAUCUUAGACAUCCAGUAGCGAGACCAGGGCUGAGUGAAGUGCCUAGUCCAUUUUCUAUGGAAUUGUUGCAGUUGGCACAUAAUUGGUAUUUGAGGAGGAGAUAG